GAAGAAGAGAUUCUUUCUGCAGAUUCCUUCUUCAGAGGGAAGAAAGAGCAAGCUCCUUUUCUGCUGCUCCUAGAGACUAGUAGGACGUGAAGAAGCAACGGAUCUGGAGGCUACAGGAAAAGGGAUCCCACCUAAACAUUGGGAAGAACUUCUAGGAGCCUUGCGCCAUACAUAGGGACUCAAGGCAGCUUGAGGCAGCAUCAUGGCUCGGAGGAUCUCCUUCCUAUUCCCACUGCUGCUGCCCUUUCUGGGGAUGGCAUCCGCUGGCACCACAGAGAUGCCAGCCUGCAAGAUCAGGAUCACUGCCAAGGGCUUGGAGCUGGUGAAGCAGGAGGGGCUGCGUUUUGUGGAGCAAGAGCUGGAGAACAUCACCAUCCCUGACCUGCAUGGCAAGGAAGGCCAGUUCCAUUACAACAUCAGCAACGUGAGGGUGACCCACCUCAAUCUGCCCUCCUCCGACCUCCGCUUCCAGCCGCAGCAGCACCUGGCCUUUGACAUCCGCAAUGCCUCCAUCAGCCUCCGCUUCCGGCGACAGCUCCUCUACUGGUUCUUUUACGACAUUGGCUCCAUCAACACUUCGGCCGAAGGGGUUCAAAUCCACACGGCGCUGGAGCUCUCCAAGGACAGCAGCGGGCGCCUCAAGAUCUCCAACAGCAGCUGCAGCGCCUCCAUCGCCCGGAUGCAUGCCGGAUUUAGCGGCACGCUCAGGAAGGUGUACCAGUUCCUGGCCACUUUUAUCACCACAGGGAUGCGUUUCCUCCUCAACCAACAGAUCUGCCCUGUGCUGAACCAUGCAGGACUGGUGCUCCUCAACUCUGUGCUGGACACAGUCCCAGUGCGGAACCCAGUGGAUGAACACAUCGGGAUAGAUUACUCCCUGCUGGAUGACCCCAUGGUCACUUCGGACACCAUGGACCUGAGUUUUAAGGGCAUGUUCUUUCAUUUACAGGGGGACAACGUGACGCUGCCCAACGUGGCCCCGGAGCCCCUGGUCAAAGAGACGGAGCGCAUGGUCUACCUGGCUGUCUCAGAGUACUUCUUCGAUUCUGCCCUUUUUGCCUACUAUCACGCUGGUGUCCUGAACAUGGAGAUUGCCGGUGCAGAGGUGCCAAAGGAUCUGGAGGUCUUGCUGCGAGCCUCGUUCUUCGGGAGCAUUGUCAUGUUGAACCCGUCUGUGAUGGACGCCCCACUGCUGCUGAGGCUCCAGGCCACGGCCCCCCCACAUUGCAGCAUCAAGAGUUCCGGCAUGUCCAUCUCCGUCACGGCCCUCUUUGACAUCUUCUUGGCCCCUGCUGACCAGCCCCUCGUCCAGCUCUCCAGCAUGACCAUGGAAGCCCGGAUGAGUGCCAAGGUGGCCUUGCGUCAGAAAGCGCUCCAGGUCCAGCUGGACCUGAGAAGGUUCCGGAUCUACUCCAACCAGUCAGCCCUGGAAUCUCUGGCACUCAUCCCACUGCAGACACCCCUGAAGACAUUGCUGCAACUGACCAUCAUGCCCCUCAUAAAUGAAAAAACCAAGAAGGGCGUCCAGAUCCCACUUCCAGAAGGGAUGGACUUCAUGAAGGAAGUGGUCACUAAUCACAUGGGCUACCUCACCAUCGGGGCCGACCUCCAUUUCUCCAAAGGGCUGCGAGAGGUGAUUGAGAAGUACCGGACGGCGCCUGGUCCAGCCCCAACCCUGGUGGCAGCGUGAGGGCGUCCCCUUGCCAGCACUUUCUGAACAAGAACUUGCUCCCUUCAAAGGGCUGUGCCCACCCAAUUGCCCACUCCGUCCUCCUUGCGCUCCCCCACCAGGCAUUGCAAGAACGGCACAACAAUGGCUGUUUAUCCACGGCUGAUGCCUUAGGACCAAAACCAAUAAAGUUUAGACUUAGACAGGG